AUGGCGGACAACGAAGAAUGUAAGACUCCAGCAGAAAGAAUUAGGCUAUUAUCGCACUACGCUAGUCUUAUAGAAGUAGAUAAUGAUAUUCCUCCAAAGAGGUACUUUAGAUCUGGCCUUGAGAUGGAAAGAAUGGCAAAUGUAUAUCUUGACGAAAGGAAUUAUGAAAGUGCAUUUGUUCUCUAUACUAAGUUUAUAACUUGGCAGAAGAGGAAGAGAGGCGAAAGAAAGAAGAGGAAAGAAGAGAGGAAGAAAGAAAACAAGCUGAACAACAAAUGGUACAAGAACUGGAAGACCGAGAGAAAAAGAAAAAAAAUGCAGUUCCCACUAAGCCUCCAGAUGUUGCCAAGAUUAUCACCCCUCCUCCCUUACAGUCAACACUCAUUGGAGAUUUCCCCAUACCACCCACACUAGGGCAGGUUGACGAGAGCAGUAUCAAGAAUGAGGGUAACGAGAGAGAACAUAUAACACCUAAUACUGAGGACAUACCAUUACGGAGGCCAGACACACCUAGUUUGUAUUCGGUGGAUACUAGACCACCAUCAGUAGACAGAUCAGCCAAGCCACUUGACUCUACCUGUAAGAGUGGUCUUAGGGCAGUAAGUGUACCAUCUGAUCUGGCCAGGUUGUUCUUAGAGAUAGCUUCUCCUAAUACAAGACAGAAUAAAGAAACCUGUGGAAUAUUGACUGGAAAACUGAAACAAAACAAGUUCUACAUAACGCAUCUUGUUAUCCCCAAACAAUCUGCCACUCCUGACUCCUGUACAACUCUUAAUGAAGAAGACUUAUUUGAGUUCCAAGACUCUCAUGAUCUUAUUACUCUUGGCUGGAUACAUACCCACCCAUCCCAGACGGCAUUCAUGUCUAGUGUUGACCUCCACACUCACUGUUCAUAUCAACUAAUGAUGCCAGAAGCUAUAGCAAUUGUCUGCUCUCCUAAAUUUAAUGAAACUGGUGUAUUUUCUCUUAUUCAAGGCUAUGGCCUCAAGUUUAUUUCUUCCUGCAAGAAGUCAGGCUUUCAUCCUCAUCCUAAAGAACCACCUCUCUACCAGGAAAGUGACCAUGUGAUAUGGGAGCAUGCCACAAAAGUAGAAGUGGUUGAUUUACGUAGGCGUUAAACUCUACUCAGCAAUACCCUUGAAUCAAAAACAGAUAUGCCAAGUAAGACCAUAAUCAGUUGUACCAGGAUUGGAAUUACCUAUAGGUGGGAAGGGGCCUGUGUACAUGUAUGUGUAUAUAUAGCACUUUUUAUACAGCUAUUUCAAAAAAGGUGGAAGGGGUGGAUGGUGAUAAGAAAUAAGCAGUAGGCAAUAAGUGAUAGGACAGAUAAGUUAUCCCUGUAUAAGUUAUAUAAAUAUAAGUUUAACCCGUGAAAUACAAAAUACUAGUCAAUGUGUAAUAGUCAAAUGGACACAAAAGAAGACAAUGGAAUUAGUAUCUACUAAUGUGUAUUAGUCUAACAUCUAUUUCACGGGUUUAAUGACUUCCCUCUAGCUGGAAUGAAUUGUAUCAUUAUUGUUGUCAAUAACACAGAUGUUGUUGUUGAGAUAUUUAGUGUUGUUUGUAGUCAACGAAACCAUUUAAAACUUCAAGUUUAAAAAAAGAAAUAGCUGUAUAAGAGUUUUUGGGGAAGUGAAGCCUAUCAUCAAUUAACCUCUAUUGGAAGAUGAGGAUACCAUGCCCAUUCACAUUAGACUUUAAAAUCCCAAAAUAGGAAAAUAGAAUAUAGCAGACAAAAAUAAACAAAACAGAAUAGAAUAUACUUAUCAAAGAUAUGAAUUAUUGUUUAUCACUUUAGGCAGGCUGAAUUUUAUAAUUCAUCACAAUUUGUAAAUAUUUAUUAUUUUUUUCAUACUAUUUGAUUUAAAAUCACAGAAAUAAAUUGUGAUCAUGUCAGUAGCA